ACAAACGUCAGUAAGGUCGAGUCUACUCAAAAGAAGCAAAACUAAAUAGAAAGAUUAAAGAAAAGUAAAAUAAAUAAAAUAAAUCUAAAUCAAAUGCAAUAAAAUGUUAUAUACAAAGCUUGAUAUAAUACAGUAAGGAGCUCAAAAUAUUAAAAUCUUAAGGAAAUGCAAUUAUAAAAAAACAAUAAAAAUGUAAAUAAAAGUGAUUUUACAGAGUAAGAUUAAACUAGAUAAAAAUGGAUUACUAAAACAAAUCUGCUCAUCCUCUUCUUGUAUGUACUUGUUGCACAUUUUGCAGUAACAUGAAAUCUUUGUAAACACAGUAGUUUAUUAAAAUUGCAUUUGUAAUACAACCUAAGCAGUUUAGGAACAUUUAUCAUGGUACAAGUGAAAGAGACCCUUUUACUGCACUCCUUGAUUUGUAGAAGGUUGGCUUAUUCGAAUCCUUAUAAUGUUAACCACACGGGUCACAUCUGCUGGGACAGGAUGCUGCGGCUCGUCUCAUCCUGCAAUCUGGAAAUGUUCACUUUUCCUUUUGAUGUGCGGAACUGCACAUUUACAUUUGGCUCUUACAUGCACACCAGUAAGAAUGGGCUGCUUUCAGCUUUAAUUCAGAGGGUUUAACAAAAAUCUUGCAUCAGCUGUUUAGGAAUUACAGCCAAUUUUACACAUAGUUCACAUCUUCAGUGGCUAAAAAGUAAUGGGACAAACUAACGUCAUUCUAAAUAUAAGAUUUGUUUUUAACACUGGGGUACAAAUUCUCUGAAGUCAAUGACUGCCUGAAGUGCAGAACCCAUCUAGCAAAUGCUGUUUCCUCCCUUAUGAUGCUCUGCCAGGCUUUUACUGCAGGCACCUUCAGUUGCUGUUUGUUUGUGGGUCUUUUUGGGUUGUAAUAAAUUUUUAAAAAAGCGCCUUCCAUUGGGUUGAGAUUAGGUGACUGCUGUGAGCCUGACUCCAAUGACUUUUGAAGGACUAUGUUUGAAAGCAGCUGUAUUUCCUAAAUGGUUAAUCGAAUACCUUUAUUAAACCGCUUAAAUGAAAGCUAAAUCUCUUCAUUUAAAUCACACAACUAUUGUACAUUGUGUGCAAAUUACAAAAUUACUUUUGUAUGUAUACAUAACUGUGUUGUUGUGGUUGUCUUACAUAGUACGGGAUGUGAGGGUCAGUCCAGCUCUGACCUUCAAGGAGAUGUCUCUAAACUCAAAACGAUACCUGGAAGCAAGUGGAGAGUGGGAGCUGGUGGACAUACUGGGAGAGACCUCCAUACUUAAGUUUGAAUUGACGAAUGGGACAUCAUCACCUUCUGGGUGGUUGUAAAGCGACGCCCAGUGCUCUACGUGGUCACCCUUCUGAUCCCAAGCUCUUUCCUCAUGCUCAUUGACAUCCUGUCCUUCUACCUGCCUCCCCAUAGUGUCGACCGCGCCUCCUUCAAAAUGACCCUCAUCCUGGGCUACACAGUCUUCCUGCUCAUCGUCGACCUGCUGCCGAGUACGGCAAAUGGCACUCGCAUCAUAGGUAUCUAUUUCUCACUGUGUCUUGCCCUCAUGGUUAUCAGUCUACUGGAAACAGUCAUCAUUACCAACGUCCUCCACCAUAACUCCUUGAAAUAUCGGGAGGUUCCAAAGUGGGUUAGGGUUGUUGUGCUCAAACGUAUAGCAAACCUCAUCUGCUACCGCUGGCCAGAAGAUAUCCAGCCGCCUUCUACACCACAGAAGGAUAAACCUGGAAACUCCAAUGUCAGUUCUGGUCCAUGGAUCAUUCAACCAGCCAGCUGGGCACCUGACCAGCACCCAGUUAGUAACGGUACAUCUGCUCUGCCUGAACUGCAACAGAUCUGUCAGUACCUUGGUGAACUUGGUGCCCACCUCCUCUCUCUGCAGAAGGAAAGCCAGCUGUUGCACCAGUGGUGCCAUGUAGGAUAUGUUCUUGACUUCCUGCUCUUUCGUAUCUAUCUGCUGUUCAUCAGCUGCUAUGCCAUGGUUAUUGUCACAAUGUGGUGCAUUUGGAUCACUCAGUCCUAAGUGGAUAUGGAUAUGAUCCAGGAUUGGAUGUCUUGUAUAAAAUUUGAAAGGAACAGUUGUUCCUGUCCCCUUUGCUGUGUACUGUGCUGAUGCUGUUUUCAAAACCUACCACACUCAUGUACAGUAUCAGUGUCACACUGAGAUAUUUCAAAGAUAACCUGAAUAAAUACAAAUAAAAUACAAAUAAAGGGAAAGAG